AUGGCGUGGCAAAUACCCGGAACUACUAUGCGCUACAACCCAUCGUGGGUUCAGAAGAUUACCCGAGAACUUGAUGAGGUAUCAGAUGGAGCCUUUUCUGCUUUAACCAGCCAUGUUAAGGAGCAGUUGGUAUUCGAAAGGUUUCUGCUUUCAUCUACUGCACAUUCCAUUAGCCCCGAUGCGUGGCAGCACAUUUCCAAGAAGCUGGGAGAGGGUGGCUGUCUGCAACUAUUAGGAAACAAAAGCAAUGUAGUGGACCUGCUCUCGCUGGAGGAAGGAUGUGACACCAUUAAGAAGACAUUUGCAUCGGUCGCGUACACCACACCAAUAAUUGUCGAAGUAGCGUCAUGCGUGCCAUAUUAUCUCUUAGGGACCACUCUACAGACGAUUGACGACCCUAACAUAUUCGUCUACAUUGGCGGUAUACGUACUAGAAUGCUGCUCAGGUUGCAAAGGGCCGCACAUAAUGGGAGGUUUAAUGCGGCGUUUCUGGCUGUGGGCGCGAAGAUCUGUGUUAAGAGGUAUCAAGUUAACUCGUUCCAGACGCAAAGUCUCUUCUGCCGUCGCCCGGAUUGUUCUUGGAUAGAUGCACAUUUGACUGAUUGUAUUUUAAUGGGCGGAUAUGAUCGCUGGAAGGUCACAUCAUUGCUUAAAAAUAAGGACGUUCUUUCCUUCUUAGUAGAUGAGCACUUGCUUCAGAUUAAUCGGCUCGUUAAGAGAUGUAAGAGGGCUUUGAAGAAGGGGCAUGCGGGCUCUAUUGCAACAUAUCAAAUGAUCAAGAACAUUGCCUUCCAGGAUACCAUCUCCUUUCACCCUGUUCACAUUACUUUGGAAGAGUUUCAAGCACGGCUACUUUCUAACGCCGACGAAUCACCCGACAAAGGGACACCCACCCCCAGCACCUAUACAGAUAGCAGCACCUGUACAGUCGAUUAG